AUGCCACGUAGAAAGCCAAUCACCAAGCUGGGCGUGUUUGGAAAAUAUGAUCUAAAUCCGGAGCAGGCAGCAGAAAACUACUUCGAAUCGAAAUUGAACAAUAAGUUUUAUGUUAACGUUCCCGGCUGGGAUGUCGCACGCAAUGGAUUCGAGCUUAAGGGCAUUCACAAUGAUCAUGACUAUAUGGAAAUCACCAAGGAACAGCAUCGAAUGCGUGAACAAGCCCAACGCCAGGUGGUGGUCAAUCGGAAACGCUUGGAGCAGACGACCGAUCUACUGCAGCGAAUGCGGGCCGAAUUUGUCGAGUUGAACGAUUUCCUUAAAGAUUGCGAAAUGAAGGAACAGAACGCACUGGAUACGGUUAAACGGGAAAAGCAAAAGCACGAACUAUAUGGACAAAAGAUUGCACAGCUCGAGACGGAUCUAGAAACGUUAGACGAGUUUGUAGUAAAAUAUGAGGCAACGAUCAACACAUUUGAACCGUUCGAGAAAGUCAUGGAACAAACGAUCGCCGAAUCAAAGAGCUUCGACAGUAUGCAAGAUCUUAUUCAGCGUUGCGAUUCACUUUUGCUGGCACAGGUUGAAAUUUCUGCAGUGGAGCAACAAAAGAUCCAAGAAAUAGAGGAAAUACGACAGAAUCUGUUCAAGGCAACCAAGACGGCGCUGCACAUAAUUACCGGUUUAAAUAAUGACCUAUCGGAACUAUUGACACAAUACGUUGCCGCCAAGGAGGAGGGAUUACGGUGGGAAAAAUCCGUCACCGUCGUCAAGAGCUACAUGGUGGAGAAUGAGUCGAGCAUCAACUGUCUACUGGACGCAAUCAAUCACGUGUACAUUCUGUUACGCAAACGCCGAGGAUCGGCACCGAUCGCACCACGUGGCGAUGUCGAAACGCAGCUCGAUCACAUCAAGGAUGAAAUCGAGAUACUGCACGAUGUACGUAAGCAGGCAGCGGCUAAGCUACGCAACGAUGGGCAUAGCCUGUGCGGAGAGAAGGGCACGGAGCGACGCAAGACGACACUGUAA